AGGAAGACAAUUUAGAGCCUUUAGUAAAACACGUGAUCGAUAGAAUAAAGAAAUUGCGUCCUCCUGGUGAAUUGAGGGAUUUAAUGAUUGAGUUGUGGGAAUGCGUACCUCUCACCAUCCACGAAAGUUAUGAAAAAUAUCCAUUCAAUGUUUUUAAUGUUCCGAUAAGAAGGCAAAUGAGAGAUAUUGAUCCGAUGUCAAUUAAACCUUGGCAAACUACACGGGUCACAUUUUUAGGUGAUGCUAUACAUGCAAUGAAUCCAAUCUUAGGUUUAGGAACAAACCGCGCAUUACAAGAUGCUGCAUUACUAACAAAAAAGUUAAAAAAUUUUGAAAGGGAUGGAUGGAAAGAAUGUUUCAGACAAUAUGAAAAAGAGAUGAGAAGUAGUUCAUCUAGGGAUGUAUUAUAUUCUAGGAAAAUGCUCUCAGCGCAAUUAGUGCAAAGGGGAUACAUUGGCGUAAUUAUUAGGUACAUCUUAUGUAGAACAAUUAGCCUGACU